AGAUGAGAAGAUACAAUUAUUAGCGUGAUAUUACCACGCACAAGCGCUUAUGCACACUUCUUUAAGUUAAAACCAGAGAUCAACCGGCGGGGUUCCUCAAUCCCCACUGUUUCCAUUCACAUGAAUUAUUUUUGUCUUGUUUUCUCUCCAUAAACUCUCAUCAAAAUAAUCACUGUCAUGGGUACAGAAAUUAAACCUACUAUGGAAGAUCUCGAGAGAUUUUUUUGUAGGCUUGCGGAAUCCCAAGCAAAAACGCAAAGCCAAGUGGAUACCUUGUCAGAAACUUUGUCCACCCUAAUCAAACUGAAUCAAAACUCAGAGCGUGAUGAUAUGAGCCGUAAUAGCCUUGAAAAGGGUAAAAAUUCUGAUCCUUAUGCGACGGAUAUUAUGAUUUAUCGUGAUCUCUCCCGGGAGGAAUUUGAGAACCCAGAUUGCAAUCCAGUGUUUGAAGGGAAGAAGGGGUCUCAUGAUGAUUACCGAGAACUACUCGUGUUUGCUGAAAAGGGAAAGUGGGAAGCAGCAAAGUUAAUGUUCAAGCAUGAUCCAAAUGCAAUUAGUGCGGUGGUCACCGAACAUUCAGACACUGCACUGCAUAUUGCAGCAAAUGCUGGGCAAUGGAUGUUCGUGGAGGAGCUUCUAAAACUCAUACCACUUGAAGUGCUCGAAUUACAAGAAACCAAGUAUGGUUAUACCGCACUUCAUACUGUUGUUGUUGAAGGAAAUGUCGAAGUCGCUAAAACAAUGGUGGAGAAACAUUCAAAGUUGACUCAGUUACGUGAACGCAACGGAUCUGUACCACUUAAAGUUGCUGCUGAUUACGUAACAGAUAGACAAGAGGAGAUGGUGAACUAUCUUUGGUCAGUCACUAGAAACGAGGAACCCAGUCCUUUCUCUGGUCCUGACGGUGCUUCUUUAUUGUGCUCCCUAAUUGAUGCCAAUCUUUAUGAUACUGCCUUAUGUGUUGUCCAACAGUAUCCAAGCUUGGGAAUCGAAAAAAGUAAAAACAGCCAAGUUAGGGCAUUAGAAAUGAUGGCAGGGAGGCCAUUUACAUUUCCCAGCGGAUGCAAGUUAACCGUAUGGGAGCGCUGGCUGUACUCGGUUAUUGCAGUGGAUUUGCUGCCUGCUCCAUUUUGCCAGCUUAUGAAAGAGGACGUGGAGAACCCUCUAUUCUUGGAAAACUGCACAAAUAGAGGUGAAAAAAUAACAUGGUUCAGAGCAACUAUGAGAAAGUUCUACUCCGCUUUCCAGAAUUCCUUCAGUGGAGUCCCUGCUGGAAAAAGGAUGUACAAUAAAAAGCUGAUGCACAAAAGAGUAUCAACUUUGGUAGAAUGUAUGCUCACUAACCUUAAACUUGGAGGACCAGACAGAGGCUUGAAGUUCUUUGAAGACUCUAAUGUCUUGAAGAUAGCUAUGAAAUCUGGAACAACUGAAUUUGUGAUGCAGUGCCUUCAAACUUUUCCUGACCUAAUUUGGCAUAAGACGAAGAACCAGAGAAUAUUGCAAGUUGCAAUAGAAGAAAGAAAUGACAAGAUAUUGAAUCUCAUAUGCGAGUUAAGUGGGGAUCACAAGGAUGAUUUAGUUUCUAGAAGAGAUGAGGAUGGUAACAAUAUCCUACAUUAUGCUGCCAAGUUAGCACCUUCUCAUCACCUUAAACAGGUAUCAGGCGCACCGCUACAAAUGCAGCGAGAGAUGCAAUGGUUUAAGGGAGUGGAGAAUCUUUUACCAGAAAAGUACAGGCUACUGAGCAACAAAGAUGGCAACACCGCUCAAGAAAUAUUCACGGAAGGACACACGGCAUUGGUAAAAGAAGCUAGGGACUGGAUGAAGGAUACAUCAAAUUCGUGCACGGUUGUAACCACACUCAUUGCCACUGUAACUUUUGCUGCCGCCAUUACAGUACCGGGUGGUAUUAAUAGUGCUGAUAGUCCAAGUGGUAACAACGGCUCCCCCAGCCCAGCCCCAAGUAGGGCAGGCCUCCCAAUUUUUUUGUCUAAUGAUGCAUUUAUGGUGUUCGCAAUAGCGGAUGCUUUAUCUCUGUUCUCAUCCAUCACUUCUCUUCUUAUGUUUUUAUCCAUCUUAACUUCACGGUAUGCGGAGGUAGAUUUCCUUAAACGGUUGCCAAGAAAGUUGAUCAUAGGUCUUGCAACUCUCUUCAUUUCUCUAGCUACCCUCAUGGUAGCCUUCGGGGCAGCCCUUUCUAUUCUACUUAGAAAAGAGUUAACAUGGGUAACAGUUCCUGUAUCGUUCUUUGCUUGUGUUCCAGUGUCUUCGUUUAUCUUCCAUCAGUUUCCACUGUUCUGGGAAAUAGUUCGUAAUACCUACAGGCCUAGCAUCUUUAAAAGAAAUAAACACCGGCCAGUCGAGCAGAAUAUCAAGAAAAACGAUAAUGAUAUGUUCAACCGGAGAUUUUCCCGUGGUUAUCACCGAGUGAGAGAAUGAUGUGGGACCCACCUCCACCUUCACAUAUCCAAAUGCAGAGAGACACUCCCCUCGUCUACCAAGAAAAAUAACUGAAAUCCCUUAAUAUAUACAGUGGUGGUGUACUUCUUUAAAAUUUAUUUGUAAAACAAGUACUAUAAUAGUAUUAUUUGUUGUUACUACCUAAUCCACCUUCCUGUAUAUGAGCCUAUCAGUACUUGUUAUGAUUUUUUCAGAAUGAACUUAGUAUUUUUGUGAUGAUUUUCUUUCCUUCCACUGAUGUAAUGGAUUUCGUUCACAUUGAUAGAAUGACAU